AUGACUUCCAUCUCUAUUUCCAAAGGCUCGCUUACUUUAGCUGGGCUACUCUACAAACCUAUCACGACAGCCUCGAGCAAAACCCGAGCCGUCAUCAUCGUUCACCCGGGUGGUGGCGUCAAAGAGCAGACUGCCGCGCUUUACGCCACGAAGCUCGCUGAACAGGGGUUCACCGCCGUUUGCUAUGAUGCGUCUUUCCAAGGCGAAAGCGGUGGCGAGCCGCAUUUUCUCGAAGACCCUGCCGAGAGGGUAAGCGAUGUCUGGUUCGUCGUUGAUUACCUACAGCAACAAGAUUUUGUCGAUCCCGACAAGAUUGUCGUCGUUGGCAUCUGUGCUGGGGGUGGCUACGCGGUGGCUGCCGCAAAAGCAGACCAUCGCCUGAAGGCUGUAGCAACUGUGUCCAUGGUAAACAUUGGUGCCAGUGCGCGAUUGGGCUGGUAUGGCAAGGAGCAGGCUUCCCAACACAUCAACAGUCUGGAACAAGCCGCUGCGCAGCUCACUGCUGAGGCUGGCGGAGCAGACAGAGUGUGCGCCCCGUACGUUCCACCUCAGAUAGACAGUACUACUCCGGCAGACCUGUGUGAGGCAAACGACUACUAUCUCACCUCACGGGCUCAGCACCCUCGGGCUGAAAACAAAAUGCUUUUCAAGAGCUUCCCUCGCAUGCUUGUCUUCGAUGCCUUCCAUCUAACCGACAUUUUCCUCACGCAGCCAACCUUGCUGAUUGCAGGAGAGAGCGCGGGCUCGUUGUGGCAUUCUCUUGAGCUGGAUCAAAAGAUUAGAGGCAAGGCGAAGAAGGUUAUUCUGCCCAAUUGCGCACACAUGGAUUUGUACGACAAGCUUGAUUUUGUCGAUACGGCAGUCACUGAGAUUGCUCAGUUCUUCAAAAUUAGCCUUGUAUAA